AUGCCGCGGGUGGGAGGAAGCGUCGUGUCGGCUCCUGCUCCUGCAGCCGUCGGCGACACAAAGGAAGUCUCCUCCCCAAAGCGAAGAAGGACCGCGGCAGGGAAGGACAACCUCAAGACGAAAAGCCUUCAGCAGGUAGAUGCACAGGAGGGUGUUGACGCACCUGCAGCAUCGCCAGUCUCCAAGCGUAAAAAAGCCAAGAAGGACAAGGAGCCGAAGGAGCCUCCGAAGGAGCUCCCGGAGCCGAAAGAGAAGCCGGAGGAGGAGGAGGCACAGGAACCCCUGCCCCCGCCGGACCCCUUCGACGAAGGGCUGGAAGCGCAUCUGGAAGGCUUGGUGGACACGGCAGAAGAACUGCCGGCCCCCAAAAUUGAGGUGUCUCAAGAUAGACAAACAGAAGCUCUGAAGGAUGCGGUUGCGGAGGGUGCCUGGUUCUCUUCUGAGACGUUUGAAGACCUCCUUCCGGAGCGGUACAGGGAGAGCUUGGGCAGCCCCCAUCAAGAUCUCAUCGAGCUUGUCAUGAGCUCUCACACCUGGUGGCGGCCUGGUUUGCGAUCUUUGGUGAAGAAUCUGGCUGAUCUGAAUCAGGUUACCAAGUCUGAGCUGCCGAAGAAGAUGGAUGCUCUGGAUGCAGAGAAGCUGGCCGAAUUGCUGAUGCGCAUGCAGGCCGCCGUGGAGAAGCCACUUUAUUCGUUUUCGGAUCACUUGAAGCCUGCGUUGGCUCGACGAAUCCAUGUCGGCACCAUGGACUACAUGGGUGGGUCGCACGAGUCAUACCGACGGACGUUCGAGUUCAUUGAGAUGACUAACACGUGGCACGAUGUGGACAAACCAACCCGUGACAUCGGCGACCUGUACAGGAAGAAGCUGAAUUGCUCGUACAAGGAUCCUGCCAUGUACAAGGCCUUGGCUGCCCGUGCAGCAGACAAGCGAGACUCCUUCCGAAUGGUGGUGAAGGUGAGCUGUGUGGCCACCCACCUCACGAAGCUGCAGAAUGUUCUGGAGUGGUGGCCUCCGUUGUGGCAAGAAAAGUACCAAUACCUGGCACCCGCCACUGUCGCCUUCUUGUGGCAGUUUCCUCCGAGCUUCGUCUACAGUGACGAGCUGUACCAAAGGUUUGAGAGGCUCGUGGAAUUCCUGAGCCAGGAGAGCAGCGGCGUAGCGAAGGCCCGCCAUAUCGUGGACUUUCGUGACGGCAGCUGGUACCGUCAGGACGUCUACGACUUCCUGAGGGAGAAGCGGUGGUGCCUCGCUUGGUUGCACCUGAACAACGCGACGGGAUGGGCUUCGAAUCUGCCCAGUGGCUGGACUGACCGCGUCCAGACCACGAACUUCUGCUUCUGCCGGCUCUUUGGACCGGACGGGCAGACCCACGGAACUUACGACAACAAGUUCCUGCACGAGCGCAGAGACUGGUGGAGAAGAUCUUCGACAAAUCCGAUGCGGCAGGAUUUCCGAGCUGCUGACCCCACCUGGCGAUGGGCAUUCCUACCUUUCCGCGGGUGA